AUGCAGACAUCUGCUGACACGGCGCCUGAGGAGAACAUGUCAGCAGUGAUGCGUGCCCGUCUGGUCAGCGGGCGAUCAAACUCUGAAGUGCUUGGCGACGCGAUAGCGUCUGCUCUGCGAGAUGCCUCGAAACAGCUUCCGGAAGGGACGGUCCCUUCGUUUUGCUUCUUGUUCGUAAGCUCCAGUUACUGCAACGUUGGAGAAGCUGGGGGAGUUCUUGUCACCGAAGACACAAGGGUGUUUCAGCAAGGAUCCGAGAAGUAUUCCCGUGCCAUGUCAUUGAUCAGCCGCAACUUCCUGCAAAGAGGAUGGAACGAUGUUCCGAUAGCCGGCUGCUCAGUCGGAGGAUCCAUCCUCGGGACGACAGAGAACGUGGGCAAGGACAGCGGAGUCUGCGUUGUGCUAGCGAACCUCCCUGACAGUGAGGUGUCUCCAUUCUUCGUGAAGCCAGAGUCCGAUUGGGAGAAAGCCGGCAUCUCCGCAUCCUUCCAGCCGAGUCAGGGAGCGAGUGGUGAUGACGCUGUUCUGUUCAUGUUCGGCCACCCAGAGGAGUCGACCUUCAUCCGCAAAAUCGGGGCGCUGGCUGGACGGACGAUGGACACCCACGAGAGAGAGUUCUUCUUCCUCCCCUCUCUCAAGGACGUCAAAGACAUAUCAUCGCUGGAGCAGUGUUGCUUUUCCGAGGGGCUGGCAGGAAUCGCCUUCAGAGGAGGGAUAGCGGCUGACGCUGUGGUCGCCCAGGGAUCAAGACCCAUCGGUCCCAACUACGAGGUCCUGGGCACCGAGAUGAACGGAACGAUCAUCACCCGGAUGAGAGAGAUUGGCACGACGGAGGAGGCGGAGGGAGCGCCCAUGGUGCUCUUUGAGCUCGCCGUCUUUGCUGGAACCAUCGACCAGCAAAGCUUCAUCGAGUCCACGAGGUUCCUCGCUCUCGGCACUUCUCUCACUCCUCUAGAGGACGAGGCGGACAAGCACCAGUACAUCGUCCGGCCCAUCUUGAACGUGGAGAAGGAUGGGCCCGUCUUCCUGGCAGAUGGUGUGCGAGUGGGGCAGGUUGUUAGGUUUCACAUCAGAGAUGCGGCGAAUGCUGAACAAGAGCUGCAGCAACUGAGGAUGAGAUGGAAGCUCGAAAGAAACUCUCGCAAGGUCGACAAGAAACUUCCAGCUGGGGCUCUGCUGUUUGCCGACCAGGCAAGAGGGCCGCAACUGUAUGGGAGAGAGAAUGUGGAGAACGCAGGCUUCGUUCAAGAUUUUCCAGAUGUUCCUCUUGGAGGAGGAUACUUCGACGGGGUCAUUGGGCAACUUCCAAACUUCCAGGACAAGAACAAGGCUCCUCUCCUGUUGGAUGCCGACAAGAAACCGCAGAGCACAGGAGUUCUCUUCGACCAGGCUCGACCUCCAACCUCCUUGCUUGACCUCCACCCUCCUUGCUUGACCUCAACUCUCCUUGCUUGA